GAUUAAAAGAAAUGAACAUACAUAUUUUCAGAUUAUUUUAACAGCUGCUUUUCAGUAAUGUUUAUGUUUAGCACUCACUACCGUCUAACGAGGUAUUUAAUUAACUAAAAUCCGCAAACAUUACUCGCCCCGGUCUCUUCCUGCGUGCUGAACGCUCAAGCAGAACAUUCGCGUAAAUUGCAUCGAAAUUAGCCGUACGUUACGAAAGCAGCCUCGUUUCUCUCUGUACCGGUGAAAAAAACUCGCGUGGUUCUGCGAGGUUUGGUUUAAAGGCCAUGAAACUUUUUCAUCGGAACUUUACGCUCUUGAACGGAGAAACGCGGUUCUUCGAGUCUCGCCUUCCUCUUCUUAAUGAAUUUUCCUUGACAUUUGUUGAAUUCACGUAGAUUUUUUUACUAAUUUAAAAAUUUGUUAAGUACUAAAUAAUUAAGUAAUGAAAAGCCUAUCCCCUUUGGAUGGAAUCGAAUCACCGUUUGCUAUCACAAACGAGCAAAUCAGAGCGAGCAGCCCUAUCGCGUACGUCGAUAACCUGCUCCCUUCAUGGUUCGUUAAGAGCCUGGUGCGUCGCGUGUUUACCACGUACGUCAUAAUAAAAAAUCCGUAAAACAGCUGGCCCGUUAUCGUUUUUACGCCUUACGCGCCAACGAGAGUCCAUUCGCCCGAGUUUGUCCCCUUCCGAUUCUCCGUUGGUCAGCUUUUAAAGCAAAUUAAAUACGGCGCAACAAAUUACGCGGCCAACGUGGCUCCUCGUAAAUCAGACCGCCAAUAAAACGUCCUUCGAAACGACCUGAAAAAUCCGAUGGAACGUCCUCUCGCCACGAACAGGAACAUACUGAAUACUUUGGACGUUCCGUGGCGCCAAAGAGUUGAAGGGUAGGGCAUCUCAACGGUUGAAGGGGUGGAGUGUUUUUUUUAGUACCUGCUGAAUGUCUCAAUUAAAUCUUCGAAAUCAUCACGGGGUAUCUGGUCGCCACCUCGAGAACGCUGUUUUGUCGACGUAAAUUUCUUUAAGUCAACGGGACCAAUGGGUGAAGAUGAAUCUAUUCUGAUAAGAUGAGAAGGUUAGUUUUGAAAAUGAUGUUGCAACAAAGAGACCUUAGCUUUGCAAUUUCUGCCAACGAUUUUUCACAAUGUAACGGUGCACAAAUUGAUACUGAAAUUUAUUCCAAAUUUAUGACAUCCCAUCGAACGGUGACGCGAAGAGUUUAAACGAAGUCAGCAUAAACAGGCCGUUGAACGUUGAAGAGUCGUUCAGUUCGGCGGCGGAGCACGAAUAACACCGGUCCCUGUCAGUGGAGGAGAAAAGAGAGGAGAGAGUCGAGUUCGAUCACGGGUUCUGGCCUCGAUGUACAAAAGGCAGCUCGUUAUCAGCUGAUCCCAUCUUAUCAGACCGAACCGGCACCGCCGAUAAAUCAUCCGAGUCCUUGGCGGGGCACCUUUAAUUACCGGCCGUGCAUCAGGGGAAAAAAUAUGAAGACGUAAUACGUUAUCCGGUUGGCUCUCUUCGUGCCUACCGGUAGGAUAGGGAGGCUGGUCCAGUUGAUGCGGGGAGGCGUUGCUCAUAAAUAAUGAACACGUAUUCAUGAACGCCACUGGUUACUUCAGCCUCAAAGAUGAGCUAUGGCUAGCCGUGGCUUCCACUUCACCGAGGACGCUUUAACGUGUCGAUUCCGAGGCGAUCCUCUCUUCCGUUUGCCAACUGCUCGUCCUGCUUGGAUGUUUCUUGAAAUAUAGAUCGGGUAGAGAAGGUUUCAUCGCUGCAAGCGUUUUUCACUUCAAGUAACUGUUUCGAAAGUGUCGGCUUAUUCAGGAUGUAUUCAAAUGAAAUAGGGACUUAGGUAUUUUAAGUACCUUAGAUAUUACUCGAUUCUUCAUCAACCAUACCCAAUCCUAAUCGCGCACCAUAAGUCCCAGGUUGACCAUUUCUAAUCGCGUAUCGAGUUCCGAUGAACGUAAGCAGCGACAGCCAGGCUCGACUGACGCUAAUCUGUCGCCCAAGAGAGGCGACUGAGAGGGCAGGGUCGAUGGACCGUUUAAUCAUGGAAGAGCGCGAAAGAAAAUGGCCGAGGUGGUAAUCGUUAGCUCCGGAAGCUAACCGAUCGAGGCCAGAUAGGAUGCUACGGGGUUGGACGUAUCGAGCUGGCGACUCGUCCUCGUUGUCUCGAAUAAUCUCGAAGCGAACGGAUAUCUAAACGAGGACCUUGAAGCCAGCCUGCAGGCGAUCCACGCGUACAUAUGUACGCUGGAACGGACGUAUGGAAGUGGAGUGGCCGGCAAGUGAUAUAUAUCGGUUGCAAUAUAUCGCCCUCGAUGGUACGGGCGCACCGUGCCGAUCUUCGCUCCGUUCGGAGAAGAUAGUCGAACGCGAAGGAGAAGAGGCUUCUCCACGCACUACGUUGCGAACAACACGCCACCACGCCCUCGGUGAAACAAUGUGAUGGUUAACCUAACAAGCUCUCAUCCGCUUCAGCGUGCCGGUACCCUACCGUAGUGCACGGUUGCAGCCUCGUUCCACUCUCUCCGUUCUGGCCUGGUCGCCAGGCUGAAACGCCUAGGGCAACACUUCCAGGACAUUGCUGUAUAGCGAUAUUCUGUUGCGAUAACGAUGUUGCGACAUACGCUAGCCAAGCCGUGGGACCGCGGGGUUACAACUGGUAUUAACCCUUUCGGCUGGGAAUAAUUCUAUGCCUGUAUAUCGAGCAGAAUUUCCGAAGAACCAUUCAAACGACGUCCAAGUGUCUUUUAAUUUACGAAAGUAGCUGAAUCAUUGAUCCUUUUUAUAUGGAGUUACAAGCAAUUGUUCGAAAAGGGCAUCCAUAUACUUUGCGCUCCGCAGGAACAAGGCAUUCUUGUCUCGUUUUAUCGAUACACUGUCCAGCUAGACGAAACGUAACUCCGCUCGGCUAGAGACGUAAAGAAAGACGUAGUUAGACAGGAUACGACGUUCCUGGACGACGAGUCAGGAGACAAUCUGCCAUCGGGUUGUAGCGUGGAUCGGUGGAAACGCCUGGAAUUCAAUACCCUUCUGUUCCUUGGGGGGGAUCCAAAUAUGGAACUCGGCAACGACCUUUGUAGGAAACCAUAGUCGGCACUGGAAACACGAAAGUACCACGUGCGCCUUUUGUCUGAACACCAAUGAAAUCUAAAUGAACGACUCACUUUCCUCUUUCGGCGAUCUAUAUUUCUAUUUCUUCCGUACAUUUUUAUUUUAUCGUCCAAUUAAACUGCGAGUGAUUUAUUCGGACAAAAUCAUUUUAAUUCUUUGUGUGGUGAAUUUUUCUCAAUAUACUCCAAUUCGGAAUCAUUCGCCCCCCUGGAGGGUAUACAUCUAGCUGAGACCCAUAAAGAAAAUAUCAGCACCAUUGCGAGGGACCAGGCGGAAAGAGGUCGGCGACAGGUUACUCCGACACUGUCUGCUCCGUUCUUGAGGUCCUGUUCGAUUCCUACUCCUUUCUGUCGGCCACCACCACCGUCGUACUGUUGGCCACCACCACCAUGGACCUUUAUCCACCACCAGUGGUUUCAGCUACCACCUCCUUGUUCGCAGGUAGUGCGGGGCACCUCGCCAUGUGACUGAUUCCCCUUCCCCGUAGGUUGACGAGCGGUGGGCCUGCCUACCUGCCGCCCGUUGCCCCGCUCCCAUUACGACGCGGACUCUCGCGGCAGGUGCACCAACCUAAGUGCCACUCCGCUUACCUGUGUGUCGUGCCUACCAAGCCAAGUGUGUCCGGUGGUCAGGUUCUUCCCUCUCUCUCUUCCUCUUUCUUUCUCUUUCUUUUUUUCUUCUUCCUUCUCCUUCCCCCUGUCACUAUUCUCUCUUACUCUCUCUCUCUUCACCUUUCUCUGUCUCAUCUUUUCACCCCCUACCCGGCUUCGUCCUUCUCCCUCUGUCUCCGUCUGUCUCCUUCGACGUCGCCUCACGCAGCAGUGCCGUGUUGUAGUGUCGUGUCAUCCUGCGCUACGUCAACGAUCCUCCCGAACCGCGGAGGCAACGAUCGACCGCGUAUUCCAUAACGAUUUCGUUGCUACCCGGCUGACCCACGAAUCUCUGCGUCCUUGCCCAGUAAACACGUACCUUCGCGUAGUGUAAACAAUCGAAUCGGUGAAAAACUCGCACGGCAUUCAACGACGACUGGCCGUCGUUAUCGGAAAAACCGUCGACGAGCUUCCCCGCGGUGUUUACGAUCUUCGGUCGAUCGGGGAACGAGGCUCGUUCAAGGAUCGCACGUAGGUGAUAGAUCGCGAGUGUCAGUGAGAUCGUCAGGGGGGAUCAGUGCGACGUUUGAACAAGAGACUGGUCCCCGGUACGCAGUUCGGAAAGGGGGAGACACGGUGAAGGUGUCAACCGAUUCGCGACUUGCUCAUUGACAUUUCCGUGACAUUUUAGUGUCCGCGAUUUUCGUGUGACGCGAAAGUGAGAGAUUGUCACUGUGUGGCCGAGCACACGGUCGAGAAAGUGGCAAGGCCAGAGGUGUAGCGGAGUCGAUGACGGUUAACCCGUGCCUUAUCACCGCGGACGGUUCCUUAUCUGUGCUUAUCUGUCCGUUGGAAUCGUUGCUGGACGUGCGACUCGGACAGAAGAGAAGCACGACGAACGCGAAACCCGUCGAUUCGCAUUGUCCUAGCGAAUUAUUAUUCGCCCGUUUCUAUAUGAUCAUCCUAGCUGGACGCGUGCGUUCGCGCGUGGAUCAGAUUUGACGUUCAACAGGUGGUUCUCGAAGGGGUUACUUAAGAUCCCGCGCGAACGAACAAGGGCUGUGUAAGAAAGACUGUGCGAGGGUUGUUUCUCGUCGUCGACGUCGAUGCUUGAUUCUCCUCGGACUAUCCUGUGACAUAGAUCAAACUGGACAUACUCACCGCCACGUCGGGACGUACGGAGUGGAGAUGUCCGCGGGUCGCUGAGAGAAUGAGGGAGCUGGACACCGAGAGCCCUGUUGUCUGGCCAGCCUGGUGUUACACUGGUGAGGUAUCAGGUGAAAACGUGUCCGCUAGUUCUGGACCACGUGGCGGCGAUCGUGGAGAAGCGACUGAAUUAGGCACACACACGGAAAACAACGACGGGGCCACCCUGGCCGCGAAUACAGCGGUCGACGCGAGGGGCGGAAGCCCUCAGGGUGCCCACCUUUCCGGUGCGGCGACCCCUAGGCCGCCGAGGGGUAGGAGGCGGCAGAAUCAGAAUGGUCUCGAUACUACUCAAGUUAAAACUGAACGACUCACUCCGGACAAUAAUUCGACCUCGUCGAGGAGCGUAACGCCCUCGUCGUCUAGCCACCCAGGAACGCCGCCAAAUGCUACCCCUUUGGGUGGACCCGAGGGCCCACCACCACCCCAUCACCUCAAACACAUGGAGCAGAUGAUGGGACGAAAUUACAGCGAUUUCAUGAGAAGCCUCGCUGCCAAGUACAAUAACGCCAAUCCUAAUGACUACUUCAGUUCACCUAGAAACGGAUAUCCUCCGGGUUUAGAUCCAAGGUUUCCCGCGUUCAAAACUGCCGCGACACCUUUCGUCGGUUUGAUGGCACCCUUGGGUGCGCCUCAACCACCUACCGUGCCCACCACCUCACCCCUUUCCAAUAAGGAUCCGAAGGAGCAAAAGCAGGACAGCCUGUUCGGUAAUCCCGUGUUCCCGCCGAUGUUGGAUAUGUCGUCGACGCAGGCAUUGUUGCACAUGGUGAGGACUGCGAACGCAGCGCAGAAUGCAGCAGAGUUGGAAACGUACCUUAAAGGUGCGAACAAAAGAGAUCCUGGAGUGACGAGUCCCCUGGAUCUCUCGAGUCCAGGAGGAUUUGCACCGCGUAAGAGGCAGAGGACGGAAACCAGGAGAGCGGGAAGCGUUUCACCGAAACCUAAACCAACCCCUCGACCCACUACGCCACCCCCAGUGAGAUGUCCGUCCCUCUGUGGACACAUGCCCUGUGGCGACGGACAGGCGGUGAAUCGGUGGACCAUCGAGGACGUCGUCAACUACGUGUCGUCGAUCGACAUCUGCGCCGAAUACGCACAGAAUUUCCGUGAGCACCGUAUCGACGGAGCUGCAUUGCCUCUUCUCUCGGAGGACCACCUGACAGGUCCCAUGGGAAUGAAGCUCGGCCCUGCCCUGAAGCUCCGCGCCCUGUUAGCCCGAAAGCUCGGGGCAUGCACGGUCUGUCUGCACUGUGCGCACUGUCAUCAGACACCCUUGCCUGCGCUGAAUGCAGCCGCGGCCGUGGCAGCCACGUCUCAGCAACAGCAACAACAGCAACAACAGCAACAGGUGCCUGGCAGACGGCCGAGUAGUACAGGGAACUGA